CCGGGCCGAUAAGGAGGGCGGGCUGUGGUGGGCCCAAGCCCCGCCCGGGCAUCCGCUGCCGGAGGAGGAGGACGAGGAGGAGAGGAGGAGGAGGGCGCAGCCCGUGGAGGCGCCCCGGGACUCCGGCCGCAGCGCCUGGACUGGCUGGCUGGCUGGGACACGUCCAGCGCCAUGAAAAGCCAAUGGAACACCGCUUGGCUGCUGCUGCUGGCUUUAAAGGCCUUUGGGCUGAAGGAAGGUCAUCCCAGAGGCUCCCUGGGCCUGCAGUGCCAUUUGCUGUUACCCCGGGAGGACAUGAAUUGCAGCUGGUCUGCGCAGUUUGCCAACUCCCCCCAUAUCCUGUUCUUCUACCAGAACCUCAAUAUUGAUCCUGACGAGGUCCACCGUGUGCAGGUGCCGCUGGGGCAGAACUGGCUGGUCAUUGCUAGAAGCCAGCUGAUGGUGGGGGACCGCUACCGCGUGUGGCUGGAAGUUCAUCAUGCAGAUUGGAUGGAAGAGUCCGAAAAGUUAACCUUCCGCCCAUAUGAGAAAGUGAAGCCCCUUGCUCCUGAGCUGGACCCUGUGGUGGUGAGUUCCUCAGGAGUUACGGUGAAAUGGAAGACCCCCUACUGGUCUGAACAAUUGUCUCAUCAGCCCCUUGUCUGUGAACUUCGGUACAAGACCUCCAAAGAUGCCGUGUGGGCCUCUCUGGGUGUGGAUCACGUUUCUCAAGAGGGCCAUGAAUUUGAAGACCUGGACCCAUUCACUCGGUACAGCGUGCAGGUCCGUUGUAUCCCGGAAGACGGACAAGGUACCUGGAGUGAAUGGAGCCCUCCUCAAACCUUCAGAACCCCUGAGGCUGCCCCAUUGGGCCAGGUCGAUGUGUGGCGGAGCCGGAACCUUUCAGAGAAUGCGGAACCGAGACUCUACCUGCUGUGGAAGGCUCUUGAUCAAAAAGCAGCCAGAGGGGACAUCCUGAACUACACUGUGGACUUCUGGGACCACCGCAAGACCCUUGUGGCCAGUUCGAUAUCCGUCUGCUGCAGCAUUCCCAUUCCUGCAUCUGCCAGCUACGUCCAGGUCUCAGCAUUCAAUUCUGCUGGGAAGACCCUGCCUGCCAGCCUCAACUUGGGGCAGACUGACCUCCCAGGGCCUCAGGACGUUUGGGUGCUGGCAGUGCCGAACCUGGGGUUCAACGUGACUUGGACGCUCAGCCCCACCCCUGGAGGGGCCCAACCCGAGCAUUACGUGGUGGAGUGCAGAGAAGAGAUUUCCAGGGAGUUGGCGGACUGGAUCAGUAAGCCUGUUGGCUGCAGUAGCACCUUGCUGAAAGGUGACUAUAGGCCCACGGAACCCUACCUUGUCUCUGUUUAUGCGAUCUAUGUUGAUGGAAGCAACUCGUCAGCUCCUGUUCGAGCCUACGUCAAGGAAGGAGCACCGUCUGUUGGACCGCAGGCAGUGAAGGACGAAAGUGUUUCCUCGACCGCCUCGCUCAUCUCCUGGGAGGAGAUCCCCUUGGCGAAUCAAAAUGGGCACCUCACCCACGUCACAAUCUACCUGAAGCACCCCACCCCAGCGGGCCCCAAAAUAUUCGGGCCCAUUGCUGCUAAAGAAAGGAGCUAUGCUCUCGAGGGCCUGGAUCCUGGGACUUCGUACGAACUCUGGAUGACUGGCUCCACCUCUGCCGGGGAAGGCCCCGCCAGCCCCGUUCACAAAUUCCACACUCCCGGCGCCCGUUGGCAGAUCUCCUUGGUGGUCCUCUUGAGCGUGGGAUUCCUGCUUAUUGUUGCCAUUGUUGUCGUGAUCAUCAGGCGUAGAUGGUUCCUCGGCCUUUGCCACAAAGUCCUGCCCUUGUGGUGCUGGGAAAGUGUUCCGGAUCCGGGGCGCAGUACAGUUUUCGUGAGGAUGGAGGACCAGAGGGCUGCACUCGCUCAGGACUCCUCCUCUCAGGCCCCGCCCGAGCCCCCAGAGGAGCCGGACGUCCUUGAGAUCACUGAACCAGCCCCGCCACAAACGGCCAACCCUCCCCGGGUGGUAUUUUCCGGUUACGAGAAGCAUUUCAUGCCCAGCCGAGAGGAGCUGCAGGAGCUGACUUGAAGAAAGGAGAAGUGGGAUUUCAUCUUCUGAGGAACCCAGAGAGCCACGAAGGGGACCGGGAGAGCAUCUGUCCCAGCCCGACCCUGAUCCCGUGAGUGAGUGCGGGACUCUCAUUCCCCACGGAGGUCCAUUCUUCAGGAAACUGGCACCUCCGGAAAAGCUUGCGGUGCUGUUUGACUAGUCACGCAUUUGUGGCUGUUCCUCGGGACUAAGGAGCAGGGCUUGGCUGGAGCCUUGGAGGAGCCAUCUGGUCUUUUUGGCGCAAACCAGCCCGGUUUUGUUGCCUGGUGCUGUAACUUCCUCAGGGACGAUCCAUCCGUAAGAUGGAAUUGGUGCUCUUUCUUCUCCCAACCUUCUGCACUUGAGCCCGUCUACUUGAAUAUCAGAAGCCUGGAUGGUGGAGCCCUGGGCCCAUAUCUUGCAGUGCCAGGGACAAGAAGAGGAGGGUUUUGGAUUUAUACCCCACUCUUCUCAACUGUAAG